AUGAAUCAUCCAGAGAAGCAGAACUGGCUAGGAGUCUCGGAUGUGGAGACGCUUGAUGAAGGAGAGUUCGAAGUCGAUGCACUGCACUUCGCAUGCCAGCACCAGGCGAAAGCAGCCAAAAGCCGUGCAAGAGCAUUGGAGCUUGAUGGAAUAAGAGAAUUUGGGAAUGCAUUGGUGCCAAACUGCGACGAUGACGGAAAAUUCCGUCCCGUCCAGUGUUCGAAUGAGAUCGAUGCCGACGGUCCCUGUUGGUGUGUCGAUGGAUCCGGGUUCGAAGUUCCUGGGACUCGGGCUCGAAGCCUGAACCUCCUCAACUGCACCAAUCCUCGGCCAUGUGCUGGAUUCAUGUGUCGGAUGUUGUGUCCGUAUGGGUUCGAAUUGGACGAAGAAGGGUGUCCAUUGUGUCGAUGUCGGGAUCCAUGUCUAGGGAUCGUGUGCCCCGGAGCUCAACAAUGCCAACUCGAAGAAGUGCCUUGUCUCCAGGAACCCUGCCCACCUCUUCCUACUUGCAAGCAGGCGAGGAGUUUAAGCGAUUUGUGUCCGACGGGGCCACCUCUUCGCCUUGGUGACUCAGGGAGGCCUUUUCUUUGUGGAGAUGAUCCUGGGAAACCGGAGUGUCCCCACGGAUUCUCCUGUCUCGUCCGAUAUGGACACGAUUAUGGAGUGUGUUGUCCAUCGAGAGAGAGAGUGACGAAGCCCGGAAUGUGUCCCAGUCCGGUGUAUGUUGCUAAUGACACGACCCCUGAGGAAUUCUGUCAAACGUUGACUUGUGAAAUGGACAUACAAUGCCCAGAGGAACUGAAAUGCUGCGAAUCUCACGUUUGCUCUCGGCACAUCUGCCUUCAACCCAAGGAGAUGACCGCAUGCAUGCAGCAGAGGAUGAUAGCGGAACUGCUGCUGGAGAAGCAAGAUCCAGGGAAGGGUUACAUCCCGCAGUGCACCUCAGGAGGAGAUUUCGAAAAGAAACAAUGCAGUCGGAACGGCUUAGUGUGUUGGUGUGUGGAUGGAUCAGGUCGCAAGAUGCCGACCAGCUUCGGCCGGGCUGCAGACGUCCAAUGCAAUAAUGUCGAGGAACUCGAUGAUGUUCAGAUUGUUAAACUCCGUGGAGCGCCGGCGCGACCUAGGAGCCUUUGCCUUUCUCUGACGUGUGAAGAACCGUGUCCAUAUGGAUACGUGCCGGAUGGGGCAGGAUGUCCAACUUGUGAAUGCGAGGAUCCUUGUCGAGAUUUCCCUUGUCCAAGCGGAGCGGAAUGUCGAGUCCUUCCGGAUCCCGACUGCCCGGAAUCAGACUUCUCUUGUCCUGCUUUCCCUCAAUGUGGAGAGAGGGUGAGGAGGAAUCAGUGUGAAGUUGGGGAGCCGUUGAUUCAUGAGCCGACGGGAGCCCUGGUGGCAUGCCGCCCUGAACUCCUUGAGUGUCCCUCGGGAUAUACUUGCACCCUGUCGUCCCAUGAACCUGUCUGCUGCCCCACACCCCCUAGACCCCAAGAAGGAGAGGAGAAAGAGACCGCUCCACGGGUGAUUGAGAGAGAUGCCAUCUGUCCACCCCUCUCUGUCCAGGAUUGCAAGAAUGUCUCCAUGUCGACAUGUGGGAACGACACUGACUGCGAAGGGAAAGACGAGACACUCAUGUGCUGUCAUGUCCCAGAAUGUGGGGUAGGGAUCUGUGCCAGACCCAUCCAGGUGCCUGGAGAAGGACCUCACGACGAACAGCUCCCCGUUCCCACCGUUUGUCAGUAUCUGAGGGACAUCGCAUUGAGCCCAAGUGUAUCGCUGGCCGUCCCUCCCCCGAUCUGCAAGGAAAACGGCGCGUUCAAUGAGACCCAAUGCGAUGAAACGACGGAAGAAUGUUGGUGCGUCGAUGACUUCGGAGUGGAAAUCCCCAGGACGAGGUCGUCGAAAGAAGAGGGAUUUCCGGAUUGUGAGAAGAUUCUGGCAGGCCACGAUUGUCUGGGUUUGCGGUGUCGACUGGGCUGCGAUUAUGGAUUCGGAUUGGACCCCGAAAGUGGAUGUCCUGUCUGUCAAUGUUUCGAGAUCUGCGAGGCUGCUCGAUGUUCUGAUGGCUAUCAUUGUGCCUUGACCGAGGUUAGGUGUGGAUCCGGUGACCUUACUUGCCCUCCCGUUCCUCAGUGUGUGGAGAACGUGCGGUACGACCGAGUGCUGGAGACGAUGUGUCCCAUUGGGGAUCCGUACCAAGUGCCUGAGUUGAAUACGACCUUGACAUGUGACCUUACGGCAGAUGGACCGCGCUGCCCUGAAGGAUAUGGCUGCUACACUGGGGAUGCAUCCAAGGGGAUGUGCUGCCCCAAGCCAUCGGACGACAUGUGCGAGCAGAAGAAGGAAGAAGGGGGUUGCGAUGCAUCUAUGACGAGAUGGUAUUACGACGAGACCGACAACAGUUGUAAACCUUUUGACUAUUCCGGCUGUGGAGGGAACCUGAACAACUUCGCAUCUCGGGAGGACUGUGAGGGCAUGUGCAAGGUGCUAGAGGACAUCUCGGAGCUGAUCGGAGAAGGAAGAAGGAGACUCGACAGUGAAUGCCCCACGUUUCCAUCGAGUCAAAAGAAACAAUGCGAACCUGAUAAGAAGGAAGAAUGUGUAAAAGACGAAGAUUGUCCUGGGGCUGAAAGUCUCUGUUGCAUGGAUCCUUGCGGAAUCCACAUUUGCACCUCCUCUAGCGCUCAAGAGUUGGGCGUGAAGCCGGGUCAAUGCCCAUACUUGGUCCCACCUGCAUCGGGGUCAUGUGAAUACGAAUGUACAACGGAUCAAGAUUGUCCAGAUGUCUCGAAAUGCUGCUCUGACGGAUGCGGCACUCAAUGCCUCCCACCUCUCAUCAUGACCGCCUGUCAGCACCAGCGAGCCGUGCUGGAACACAAGUACCGAGAGCAGGGGAUUCCGCCGAACCGAGCAUACUACCCCCAGUGCGAUGUGGAAGGUCGGUUCCAGCCAGUCCAAUGCGAUCCAAGGACUCGCACCUGUUGGUGUGUGGACGAAGAGGGGCGCGAGGUACCCGGAACCAGGAGUCCUGCCACCAGGGAUACUCCCUUCGACUCUCGGUUGACGUGUCCCCUGGUGGAGUGCAAUCUCACGUGCGCAUGGGGUUACAAGCUGGACGAGAAGGGAUGCCCGGAUUGUGAUUGCCAUCAUCCGUGCGAUCGAGUCUCAUGCCCAGAUGACGAAGAAUGCCGACUCAUCCAAGUCAACUGCAUCACUCAACCAUACGAGGUCUGCUUCCAAGACAAGAAAAGGGGGAUUUGCUCCGGGAAUCUGACUCGUUGGUACUUCGAUCCAUCCAGUAACAAAUGCCAGGAUUUCUCUUUCUCCGGAUGUGGAGGAAAUCUGAACAAUUUUGAUUCCAUUGAAGAAUGCAAGACCGUCUGCCCUGUGAUGACGGAUUGUGAGAAGAUGCGAGAGGAGAACAAGGCAAAGGCGUUGAAAUACAAGAAGAGCAUGUUCCUUCCAGAAUGCAAUGUCGAAACGGGAGCAUUCGAAUCCAAACAGUGUUUGCCAGAUUUGGGUCUUUGUUGGUGUGUCGACGAGGAUGGGAAACCCAUCAAGGGUACUCUCAUUCGAGGGGAGCCUGACUGCCUCUCUCGCAAGGGUCGAAUGAUCGACGACGAAGACGAACCAGUGUGCGGAUGGAACGUGGCGAUCCACGUGUGCAACCAAUCGCUUUGCGAUGACAAGAUCUGCCUGGGGGAACCUAGUGCAUCGUGUCGAGUGAAUCCUUGCGGUGGAUGCAAUGUUGAAUUUUACAACGAUGACAAUCAGUUGGUGGAUUGCGCCGCGAGCUUGCCUGUCUGCGUUGCCAGGGCCCAAAAGAUCCUCAAUUCUCCGGCCUGGCUUAAUCAAAAACAGCAACAAGAACAAGAUGUUCGAGACGUGGAUCGAGGAGGACCUUCUUCACAUCCCAUGUCCUUGAACGGACCUGGUGGACUCUUCGUUUUCAGCCUGGGAUCUCCAGAAAUGCAGUUCAACGUGGAAUUCUCGGCUGGGAAUCCCAUCGAUAGCCUCUUGGAGCUCCUUUCGUCUGUCUUCCCCGAUCCCGAUAAUGCCCGAGAUGGAGAUGGAGACGGAGAUGAAGAUGCAGACGUAGAUCUUAUCCUGGAAGAUACAGAUAGCAGCCCUGGAAGCGGAGAGGACCGGGAGGAGAAAGUCCCUGAAGGGGUACCAUCGAAGAGCAGAAGAAAGAGGGGUCUGGAAAACUUCAAAGACAUGGACAUGGAACUCAUGGAGACGGAAUGGGACGAUCUGGCGGCCGUGGAGUCGAAGGUGAUGACGACGAGGACGAUGCGUCCCUUGGUGAAGCCAGGUCUGUGUCCAGCAUUCCGUCUUCCUUCUCUCCUUCGUGUCCUCACUCAGACCUGCCGAGAUGAAUGCCUCACUGACGGUGACUGCUCUCACCAGUUGAAAUGCUGCAUGGGAGAUUGUGGUCUCCGGUGCCUUCGUCCCUUGCAAGAGGGAAAACCAAAGCCAGGAAGAUGUCCUCGGAUCCAGUCCCAUCUACAAUCCGAAAUCAAAUGUGUUCCCUCCAAUGAGUGUGUCUUCGAUUACGAUUGCCCUGGAAGUGCCAAGUGUUGCUACAGUGGCUGCGGCUCAAAAUGCAUCUCCCCCAUGGUGCCAGCUCCGAAGAACACCAUGAUGGUUGUUGCCCCUCCGUUGUGUACCGAGAAAGGCGAAUUUAUGGGAACUCAACGCCAGGGUCCAUUGGCCUGGUGUGUGGAUUCUCAGGGGAACCCCAGACAUCGGACUCUUACUCGAGGACACGUCAUCUGCGAUCCUGACGGUCGAAUCGUGAAGCGGAACUCCCUGGGACCAGUGUGUCCCCAUGGAGGAGGAGGAGGAGCACGUGUGUGUCAAGAGGAGUGUCUUCGUGUUAGAUGCCCUGCACAUCCGGAUGCCAUCUGCGUCGCCUCUCCUUGCAAUGGCUGCAAGGUGAAAUUCAUCUCCCCCAACGGGGAGGAAGUGAGAUGCGAAGAGAAAUGCAGUCAGCCACUCUCCGUCGGACACUGCCGGGCUGCACUCCAACGAUGGUUUUUCAAUCAGACGGCUCAGGAAUGCCAGGAAUUCCAGUUCUCCGGUUGUGGGGCCAAUGACAAUCAUUUCCUCUCCCUGCAACAAUGCCAACAAGAGUGCCAACUAAGCGUGGAGGUGUGUCUUCAACCUCGUCGAACGGGUCCAUGCAAUGAGGAUCUCCCACGGUUCUGGUAUAAUCCUGCUGCCCAGAAGUGUCAGCCUUUCCAGUAUGGAGGCUGUGGAGGAAAUCUGAACAACUUCAUCACCAAGGAGUUAUGCGAGGCCCGAUGCCCCGACUUGGUGCUGUGUCCAAAAUGGAGCCCAGAGAAGCCGAACCCUGAACCUUGCAGCCGUGGGGAAGCAUGCAGUAAUGUGACAUGCCCUCAUCUUCCUGAUGCCAUAUGUCGCGUCGAUCCUUGCACUUGCCAGGCGACACUAGUGGACGAAUACGGAAAUACACUCUCUUGUUCCGUUGAGUCCAUGGAUGAUGGCCACGUGGAGGAGAGGAAGGAGGAGAAGAAAGAAAAGUACACGAGCAUGACUCGAUGCCAACACAUGAGGGUCACGAGUGAGGAACGAGGAGCAAUGUUAGUGCCUCAAUGUGAUUCUUCCGGUGGAUUCUUCCCCAUGCAAUGUCGACGGGAGGAACCUGGUCAACCGACCGAGUGCUGGUGUGUCGACGAGGCGGGCAACAUGCUCCCCAAUGUGCUCAAAUUCACCAAAGGGGAGCUCCGAUGCGAGUUUGUUCCGGUGGAGUGGGUAUCGGUGACGCUGGCCCUUCGACAGAUGGAGAAAACGAAAAAAGGAGAAGAGAUGGGAAAGAAGAUGAAGGAAGAAGUGGAGAAAUUGCUGAGGGGGAAUGGAAAGGGAGAGAUCGAGAUCAUCGACGACGAGGUGUCGUUUCGCCUGGAGCCGGAAUCCGCCAAAGUUUCAUUCCUCCUCGGGGGUGUAGAUAAAGUAAACGAGGCCUGGCGCCUGGAAGAACGAGUGAGGCAGGGAAUCCACCUCGGGGAGUACCUCGUGGAUCCAGAGAGAUCCACGUUCCACCACCGCGUGGACUUGGAGAAACUGAAUGAAAUCCCGUCCUUCUUGUUCACGGCCGAGAAUCGGGAGAUCGUGGAGAGGAGAGAUGGGAUGGAUACGCCUUAUGUCGCCAUCAUCGUAGUAUUCUCCAUGCUCACCUUGGUCAUCGUCUCUGCUGCCGUGAUCGCCUUGGUCAUGUAUCGACGGAAGACGACCGGAUCCUACCCGAAACCGGCUGUAAAAGCGGCCUCGAUGGCCGUCUCCUGCCCCGUCUAUGGCUACCAUGACCCCAAGGGUCUGACCGUGGGUCUGGGCCUUGGCAAGCAGUUCGAGGAUGAAUACAGUUACGAGAACGGAAGGAAGUUCUCCAUCACGUCCACGGGCUCCGCGUCACUAUCCCAGGCUCACGAUUACGAGAUCAUCGCGGAGAAUCGGAAAAAUGAGAAACUCAAGGACCAGCAGGCCAGGUAUUAAUGACAUCUCCCCGUGUCCAUGCACGAUGGCGACACCUUCUUGUGAUAUUUUCUCAUAGAGAGACAAACGGCCUAUUUAUUCGGGACCAGAAAGACUCCUGCCAGUACAUUUUUUGUUUGUUUUCUGUCUAUGGAAGAGGGAGUGUUCGUGGCCCGAGUGACGGUACUUGACGCACCGCCGUUCUUUUUUUUUUUCCCUGUCCCGCUGUUGCCAUAGUAUGAUGCAUCCAUCGAACAUUUCGUGUUCAACCAUCGUCAUUAUUCUGAAAUUAUCCCUUCAUGAACCUAUGGGC